AUGCCGUGCUCCAGCGGCACCUCUGAGCAGCGCCCGGCCAAGCGGAAUGGAGUCCCAGACCAUAGCCGGCAGUUACUGCAGUGUCUGAGUCAGCAGCGUCACCAGGGCUUCCUGUGUGACUGUAGUUUAGUUGGAGACGCUCAGUUCCGAGCCCACAGAGCCGUUCUCGCUUCUUGCAGCAUGUACUUCCAUCUUUUCUACAGGGACCAGCUAGAAAGGGACAUUGUGCAUCUGAACAGUGACAUUGUGACAGCCCCAGCCUUUGGCUUGCUGCUUGAAUUCAUGUACGAAGGCAAGCUGGAGUUCAACAGCCUCCCGGUUGAAGAUGUGCUGGCUGCAGCCAGCUACCUUCACAUGUACGACAUUGUGAAAGUCUGCAAGGGCAAGCAAGAUAAGGAGUUGUGUGGGGAUGAAAAAAUGAACGGCAGUGGGAUCUCUUUGGAAAGAGACAUGCGGGUCCUUGAUGAAGGAGUGCCCUUGGGGCGUGAGCUCAGCCCCGGGAAACAAAAACUGAUUGCUUCAGAAUAUGAAAGAUCAGGGAAAAGAAAGGACAGUAGCUAUCUGGGCUGGUCCUCUGAAUUUGUAAGUAUCAACUCUGCAUUAGCAGAAGCAGAAUUGGACACCGUGGCAGCUGAGAAAACAAGAGCCAAUGUCUGUAGUUCAGUGGGACCUUUGUCCCAAAGAUCUAACCACUCCUUGGCUUCAUCUGGCAUAGAAUGCGCUUUAGACCUGUCUUUCAAGUCUGUGGCCGGGAAGGAUUCCUUCCACCCCUCCUAUGUCUUUGGACAGCUGGCUUCCAGUGGUCAGCAGCAGAGUAGCAAACCCCUGAUUAAGGAUGAGCCAGAAUCUUUAUCAGAUGGAGAAGAAAGUGAGGUAAGGUGCCUAGAAAAUCAGCAUUUGGGGAAUUCUGCCAAGAGCCUGAUGACCGGAUUGGGAAAUGUGUUUGCAGGGAAUGGCAAUUCCCAAGAGCCAGAGGAAGACUUGGAUCACGAGCGGGAGGUGAGUGAAGAUGACAUGGAUUCCUCUGACAUUCCAUCCUUGGGGGUCUUGGUUCCUCCAGGUCACAUCUGUAUUUGCCCGCUCUGCAGCAAAGUCUUUCCUAGCCCGCAUGUCCUCCAGCUGCAUCUCAGCUCUCAUUUUCGCGAUAAGGAUGUUUCAAGAACCACUUCCCCUGAUGGUUCGGUGCCUACUUGUACUUGUGGCAAGACUUUCUCCUGUAUGUACACCUUGAAAAGACACGAGAGAACUCACUCGGGUGAGAAACCGUACACCUGUGGUCAGUGCGGGAAGAGCUUCCAGUAUUCUCACAACCUGAGCCGCCAUGCAGUGGUGCACACGAGGGAGAAGCCCCAUGGCUGCAAGUGGUGCGAGAGACGAUACCAAUCAGGCGAUUUAUACAGACACAUCCGUAAAUUUCACUGUGGCCUUGUAAAGUCACUGGUGGUUUGAGAGAAGUUGCCAAAAGGCACCAUUUAUUGGAUUUCUUACUUUGUUGAUUCACUUCGGGCAAAUUAUAUUUUGAGGGGUUGGGAGAAUGUAAUUCUACAUUUCAUAGAGGGAAGGCUUCAAUUGGGCAUUUUCCCUAUCUUUAGGCCUACUGUAGGCCUGCAAUUACCCUUAAUAUUCUGUUUGUUUUUGGAGUAACAAGCUGAAUCUCAAUCUGAAUUUUUGGAUAGAAGCUGAUUUAAUCUCUGGUUUACUGUAAUUGGUAUGCUUCUGUCUUGGUGGAUGUGCUUCUGAUAAGUUGGAAACAUGGUGAGGAAAAUAGAAACCUUGAUCAAAAGUGCUCCUUGGAUGAGAUGUACUAGAUUUGUCUGCAUAACAGCUCCCCCCUUCCUUCCAGUUUAGCACUCUAUCUGCAGUGCAGAUGCCUCAAGUAGGCAAUUUCAGAGUUCUAAUGGCCCCAGUUCCUUUCCUGCUUUGGAUGUAGCUUUUUUUUUUUAGUCAGUGUUUUUAAUCUAUUCCAGACAAGCAAAAUUCAAAGGGGAGGGGGAGGGGAUAGACUUUUUAUUUAUGAAGUGUGUGAGAGAGAAGAAAUCUGAGUUCAUGUGCCUCAUGGGGACUCUCUAGAAUUCUUAUAAUUUUCAUUAUAGUUUGAAGAGGCCUUGAAAUCAAUUUAAGGUGAGGCUGAAAAUUCCCCCUUUAUCAGCAGGUGAUAGUUUUAUUCUUUUGAAACUCUUCCUGCCAAAUCAUCAGCCUCACUGGUGCUGCUACUCUUUGCCUUUGCCAGUACUUUGGAAUUUCUCUCUGAAUUUACAUUUCUUGUGAAUUGUAGUGAAACACUUGUUCUCCACUUUGGUUAAUAUUGUUGCAGCUCUGAUUCAUCGGUGGCCCUGAUUGUGUGUCGUUUUCUUCCCUCUUAGCUAUCAUGUAUAGAAUUGUGGAUGUGAACUUUGGCUUUUGUAUAUGGAAAGCCAGAGUGGUUACUCAUACCCUAAUAUGAAUUACCUGCUGUGAAAUGGAUCACGGGUGGAAUGAAAUGAGCUUACCUGUGCAUUCAUACCUGGAUUAAUGCUGAAGGAAACGUAGGCGAGAACCUUUCAAGGUGAAUCUUGAAAUAGUGUAGGAGAGAAUCAAAAUGCAGGCAUUAUAACUCAGUGAAACACAUUCAUACUUUCUAGUGUAGACCUCUAGUUUUCCUUAUAACAAAAGCACUUUUUUCAGGUAAAUGAUGGGGGUGAAAUUGGAAUUUUAAAAUUUAAAUUUUUCUUUGCCUAUUGAGGCUGUUGAGAGUUCCUGAUUCCCAAAAGAGCCCUUCCUUCUUUAAAUUACUCGACAGGCAUGGUUUUUAGGAUUGGGGUGGAUGCGUGGGAUUUCACAGUCAACAAGGUACUGCAGAUCAGUCAGUGGUGAAAGCAUACUGUAAUAGUUUUACUUUGACAAUGAAAAUAAGUGGUAGUAUUUGAAGGCUCGUGCCUUUUUAGUCCUUAUUUUGCUACAUGUAAAAAUCCAGCCCUCACCAUCUACUAUAAAGUUAUUUUGGUCUUAGAUUGCCAACUGUGAUUAAUCCUUCCCAUACCAUUGUUGUUUGAUUGCAGUCAUUAGGAAAUGGUGAUUCCUAGGCUGACUUUUAUAUGUCAAAUUCUGCUAAAAGUGCAAGUUCAGACUACACUAUUCUCCCUCCCCCACUAAAUAAUUCAAUUGAAUCUCAUAGGCCUGUUUUUAUUUGAACCAGGCCAAUGAAGACAUUUCUGUAUGAAGCAUUCAUAGUUGCUGUGCCCAUCCAUCUGUUCAUACAUAAACAGAUAAUUUGUGUAUUAAGGAUGAAUGUUCUUCCUUACGCAUUCACACUGCUUUACUCCCAUUAGCAGCGACUUAGACCUAUCUCUAAAACAUCUGGCUGCUGCAGGAAGUCAAUUGAUUGGAGGGGGGAGGGGAUGCUAUUUCUUGGAAACUGAAGAAUCAGCCUUUGCCUGACCCUUAAAGCACAUUUGGCUGGAACAGCUGAUGGACAUAGGGUUUGAAGAAGAAAAAUGGAUUCAAAUGAAUGGGGCCUUGAAAAGUUAUGAGAGAAUCAGAUGAGCAUGUUGGAAGUGCAGAUGGCAGUAGCAUUAAUGCAUAAUUUCCUUCUGAGGGGGAAAAACUUUGUUAUUAUAUGCACAUGGCUUUUUUUUUCAAAAAGAUAGGUUUUUGAAAAGAUCUCUUCUGCAUUUCAAAUUAUAGGAGAAUCUGUUGGUCUCCAGAAAACACAGUGCCAUUUCGUGGCAAUGAACAUUGUUAAGGCUAAAUUAGUGUGAGUUGUUCCAUAGGAUUGCAAGAGAGCAGGAACUGUUCUCUUGGAAGCAGAUGUGCCAGCAAAGAAAUUCAGUUUACCUCUGAAGCCUCCCCACAGCUGCCUUUGCUGUAGAAUACUUUGUAUUCUUAUUGGUAUAUUAGUUCAUUUUCAUAGAUCAAAUCUUGUAAAAUGCUACUGAUUCAUAGAUGGGGAAGGCUUGUUACUGAUUUGCAUAAUUAACUCCUUAUAAGCAAAGCAUUACUGCAUGGCUUUCGGUUUUGUGGUAUUUUGGAGAGAUUAAACAGAUUGAAAUGUUGUGGUAACUUUGGAACAAAUUCGGGAUGUUCACUAUUUCUAUCUAAUUCCAGUAUUCUGUUGCCUAUCAUGUUAUUAAACAUGCCUUCAGAUAUCCACAAAAUAUAUUUUUGCAUAUGUGAAAUAUUUAUUAAAAGAAAGAGUAUAACUGAUUAGAUUUCUGAGAAGUUUGAAUGGGACUAGAGAAGGAUUGCCAAAACAAAUUUACUGUCAUUUUGGAUGCACUGAAAUGUUUUUUUUAAAGGCAGGUAAUAUUGUUGCAGAAAUAUUAUUCAGCACUUCCCUUUAAUUAUUAGAAUUCCCCAAAAGGGAGGUUGCAUACGUUGCCGCAGGAGAUUGUUAUAUGCUCAGCCAAAAUUGUGAUUGUGGGUAGUUGUUGGGAUUUUUUUUUUUUUUUUUUUUACAAUAAUAUAUCCCACUGCUGAAAAGGCAUGUAAACAAUAACAUCUCUUUAUAGCUAGAGUUAAUGUAAAGCAGUGUCUCGGUUUUAAUUUUUUUCCUUCCUGAUUUUAUACAUUUCCCUUUGAAUUGUAGCCAAAAUAUUUAGGAAAUAGUGCUAUGAAAAAGGAUAACUGCUACAUUAACUGCAACAUAGCUGUUUUGCAGAGGGAGAUGUUAUGAUAAGUGACUCCUUUUUAUUCAGAUAAAAACUUAUGGUGCAAGCUUUUUUAACUCCUAUUUUAAAUGAUAGCGGCCAUAGUGUGUGAAAUUUGACCAUUUAUGGAAUGUUUGGUUGUAGGUAAUUGAUGACUGUAUAAACAUUCUUACUAACAAGGUGCAUGGUAGAGCACCAUAUUCCUAAAACACGUGACAACAGUACUGUGUCCUUUCUUCAUAUCUUCUUACCUGACCCCUUGGCCCUGAUUGGAAAAUAGCACUGAACAAAACCUUCAAGUUAAGUUAUUUCUUUUCUUUUAAAAUUUUAAGUUAUAUAUCUAUAUAUAUUUUUCUCCUGAUGAUACUUGAUAUAGUAUUUAUUAGAUUUUUUUUUAAAUUAAGGAAUGCUUGCUGUGGAGCUUUUUCAGAAUAAACAGGUGUGAAAUUGGUGAUUUUAAUUUUAUUUCUGUACCCUGUUUUACCAAAGUGAAUGUGUGAACAUGUGAACCAGUACACAGAAUGUAGUGCUCUUUAUAUGCUGAUCCUAUGUUGGGUGGAAAGGUGAAAGAAUACCCAUCUCUAUGGAGCCCUUGAUUGUUUGCAAAGAGCUCUCAUUUCUUGACUGCAGGGGGAAGGAUGAAGAGAUGCUUUUUCCCAGGCACAAUACAAGGGCACUACAAGGAAGGAUUUAAGUACCUGGGUCCCUGAACCUAUUUGCCUCUAUCUUGGUACUUGUUGAAGGAUUUAAAAUUAAGUGCCAUAGGAUACCAGUGGGUUGGAUUUAAGGUUUUUUGUUUCUUAGCCAAGUUUAAUUUUUUGGCGAUGCUCUCUUGCUGCAGUUAAAAAAGAACAAGUGGCAGAUGCAUACAGCUAAGGGAUUUGUUGAAGUGUUGUAUUUUUAUAUUCUUUCCCAAAAUUUCUGGGUUAAUCACUUCUUUUUUU